AUGCAGAUUAUCGUUUCAGUAGCUGGAGAUCUUUUAAGAUGUCUUAUGAAGAAAAUGAACGUCGGCUACAAGAAAUAUUACAAAACUGCUCAAGUGACUAAACUAAUUGAUAACGUUUCUCAGAGAAGUGAAGGAUGUGAUUUGGAACAAGAGGGUAUUUUGGAUAAUUUGGAAGAGCCGGAAUCUGCUGGCGGCUACUUGUCAGUCGGCUGA